CACUGUAAUAGACAGCUGUUUCCAGUAAACAAACGAAGUAAUUACUAUUCCACAAUUGUUUACGUAUUCACUAGACACCCAGACAACGAUUACGACUCUCUACGCCCGCUACUCACUGUCGCAGCGUGGGAAUGGCCCGCUCCUCGUAGUCUUCGUAGGAGUUUCGUGGAACGCUCUUGUUGCGCCUGCGCAGCGAUCCCUGUCGGCUGGACAUUGGUGAGCUGUGCCUUGAAGGCAGACGUGGCGACUGCGGCAGCUCGUCGUGGGACUUGCGCCAGCCCCCCAGCGUGGGAGUGGGCGUGGCCUGCAAAGAGGUACUUAUUAGGCUUGUAGCCAAUUCCAAUUAACUUAGCACAUUAACUUACGUAUAAGAUACUGGUGUGCCAGGAGCUGGAUGCGAUAGAUCUUGGCCGGCUGCUGGAAUCGGAGGAUGAUGUCAUGUGAGGUGAGGCUGCCGUUCGGAGCACUUCGCCAUCCGUGAACUGUGGGGCCGUGAUUGUUUAACUCGCUAGCCGGAAAGUUAACAUCCUCGUCUGAAAGGUUCCACGCUCUUCUCUUCUAUAUUUAAGCGAUGUCGAUGUUAACAUGCUAGUUUAGUCGUCGCUCAGCCGUUCGUGUUUUGUUACUGAAUCAGAUAGUAUUAUUGAAUCUUUUGAAAUGGCGGAGGGUUACACGAAAGCCACUGCCUGGCUGCAAAUCCACAGCCUGCUGAAUAGCAUCAACCACAUUCUGAUCUUUCUGGUGGCCGUCUUCUUUUUCAUACUGGCGCGCAGUCUGGAGUUCAAGGAUACCGCCAUGCAUAUGUUUAUGACCGGGACUGGAUUCCACGUCCUUAUCGCCCAGGCCAUGAUGUCGCAUUCGAAAGUGAACCCGCUCACCCGUUGGCUGUCGCACCGAAACAAGUCGCGCUUCCACGCCAUCCUGCAGAUUGUGGGUGGCUCCAUGGUGCUGUUGGGCUCCCUGGGUAAAUUUUCCAGCAAGGAGGUGCACUUUAACACCUGGCACGGCCGAGUGGGGGGAGCUGCUUCCUUUUUCUGCGCGGCCAGCAUUGUAGGCGGUUUUGUCAACUAUUUCCAGCCCAAGUUCGCCCUGAAAGUAAUGCCUCCAUCAGAGCUUCGCUUCCGCCAUAAUCUAUUUGGAUUGGUCACCUUUAGUCUGGGAAUGGGCGCCAUUUACCUGGGCUACUAUUCGAAAUUCUUUACCAAGUAUGUGGAUACUGACUUUAUUCCCGGCAUGAUGCUGAUUACCGGCAUUGUUUAUGGACUCACCAUUAUCGCGCCGGUGUCAUCGCUUCUAACUAAACUUAAGUAUCGGUCCAAAAAGAAGGCGGAGCAGGCCCAGUAGGUGAUACUGGGGAGGAUGAGGCUGAGGCCAUCGAGGCUAACCAAAAUUUGUCAGGUCCUAGCAUGAAAAUAAAGAGCUUGGCGUUUGGCCAAAUUU